CCGCACGCCUCACAACCGAGGCGCAGUUGGUGAACGUCGGGGCGCCGGAGAUCCGACGGUUGGAAUGACCAACCACCCGUCGCAGUCCAACGGUAUGCAGAGCCUCCGGAAGGAGCACCUGUACAAGGUGCUGGUUAUCGGCGACCUGGGGGUCGGGAAGACUUCCAUCAUCAGGCGCUACGUCCACCAGACCUACUCCAACAACUACCGGGCAACCAUCGGAGUGGACUUCGCCCUGAAGGUGUUGAACUGGGACUCUGAGACUGUCCGGCUUCAGCUGUGGGACAUUGCAGGCCAGGAACGUUUCGGAAACAUGACACGAGUGUACUACCGUGAAGCCAUGGGAGCCUUCAUAGUGUUUGACGUGACACGGCCCGCAACGUUUGAGGCCGUCAUCAAGUGGAAAGAGGACCUGGACUCCAAACUGACGCUGGCUAAUGGACAGAGCAUUGCCACUGUGCUGCUGGCUAACAAGUGUGACCAGGGCAGAGAGUUGACCAACAAUGGCAUCAAAAUGGACCAGUUCUGCAAGGACCAUGGCUUUGUUGGGUGGUUUGAGACCUCUGCUAAGGACAAUCUCAACAUCAGUGAAGCUGCAAACUUCCUGGUCAAGCACAUCAUGGCCGCGGAGAAUGACAUCCUAAAAACCGUGGUGCCAGACACCAUCUCGCCUCAGCUCGACUCCAACAGGCAGAUGAGCUGCUCUGGCUGUUUCAAGUAAUGACAGGAGGGGGCGAUGGCGGGACAGAACAGAAUGGAGUCACAGUGGGACAAAGAGGGACAGGCACACCACACGGCCUUCCGAGGAAAUCUCAGUACCCAUGGUGCAGUUCGGCUUCUUUGGUCCAAACAUUUUAGUUUGCUGCAUUUUAGUUCCUGCAGAAAACCAGAGCUGGCAAACUUUAGUUACAUGGACUCGGAAGCUGCACAAGUAUUUAAGAGAGUUUUGGUGACUCGUCACACUGAGUCCGUAACCGAGUGUUACGUCUUUGGCAGACAAACAAUUAGAGCUUCAGUUAGACAUAACAACCGUUUCUAUGCUCUAUGAUAUGAUGAAUUAGAUUAUUUAAAGUAUAAAACGGUCAAACUUGCUUCUGGGCCUGCUCCUUUUUAGCUGGUUGUGAUAAGAUUCUCAAACAACAGUUCACUCCCUGACAAAACUGAACAAAAAGGAUUAAAUACUCCCCACACGGUUGAUGCAACACACCUAAAGGUCUGCAGUGGCCAUGACAGAAUGGAAGAAGGAGUCUUGCUCAACUUGAAUCUUUUUUUUCACCAUUUCAAGAAAGUAUGACUGUGUUGCUGUUCUCCCUCUAUUAACCUCCACGUAAACUUGGUUAAAAAAAAAAAAACAGUUGGAGACAUGCUGGCUUCCUGUAAUGUUAUUCUGUGAGAGCCAAAGAAAGGAGUAUUGAGCAAUUUCAGUGGCUUAUAUAUCGUGUAAUUAUGUGAAUUUUGCACUUAAAUUGUUUUAUUUUUUAAAAUGAUUUGAAGUUAUUUAACAUGUGCUUAUAUGAGUGUAAUGCUGGUUAUUGUAUUAAGUUGUGUUGCUCAAAAUCCUUCGGACAGCCGACCUUUGCGUAAGCCUUGUUUAAUCAGGCAGUUAAGCUAACAGCACAUUUGUAUUUAUGUUAACAACUUGUUCGGAGCGAUCGGCUGCAAAGAAAGGGAGAGUUUAACGCUUUAGACACACGAACACCCUGGAGCUUGCAUAGCGUAACUUGUCUUUUAUGGCCAGUGGGCGGUUCAGGUUCAAGGGUUCGAAGGCAUGUCAGACAUGUUCGCUCGUCAACAGAAGAGAGCGGUCGGUCUUCUUUGGCCGUAACAUCAGACCAAAGGGAUUUCUGCUUUUACCGGAGUUGACUCAGUUGUGCAUGAGUGUUAUUUUUCUUCCUCAGAAGAAAAAUGAUGUUGAGCGUCGGGCUCUAAACUGGACACUCUCGUGAGUUCGCUUGUAAAAGCCUAACCCUCAGUAUCCAUGGCAACUAGAUCAAGCCUCUUUAUGGGUUUCCUCUAACAUCUGUGCGAAGCCCUUUCACGCCGCAUUCACAACCAUACAGACACGGAUGUGUGCGCAGGCGCUGAUGCGUACACGCAUACACACACACACGGAUCUUUCCACUCUCCGUGUCCUUGUUCCUUUUUUACUUCCUCUUUACUCCACUCCUAACCCACUCAUUCUUCCAUUAUAGUUUCUCCUCCCGAAAAGCACUCUGUCAAUACAAUUGCUUCCACUGUCUUUCUUUUAAAUGUCCUCUGCUUCUCUUUUCACAUUAAACCUGCACAGGCUGUAGUUGCAGUACCAAAGGUGUUUUCUUUGCUGGCCCUGCACCUUUGUCUUACUUGGUAAUAGUGUCUUCUGCACGUCUGCCAAGGCCUUUUUUUUUUCUUCCUCCUAAAACUUAAGACAGAGAUGAUUCGUGGCCUUAAAUAACCCCAUCGAAUAGUGGUUUAAAAUGUGCCAAAACUUGAUUAAAUCAAGUGCAUUAUGCAUUGUGUUGCCAUUUACACAAAUGCACAGUAAGCAUAUAGUUACAUAUGUUACAUUGCUUCCCCUCAGUCGCUGUUUGUCAGCAGUGUUUGCACAGCGCUUAUAAGCCCGAUCACAACAGUGUCACGUGUUAUUGUGCGGGUUUCUUGUUUGCAAUUCCCGGCAUCCACUUUAGGGCGUAACAGAUUUAAACAAUGCCUUCUCCACAGGAACCACAGUCUCACGGUGUUGGCUGGGCUCAUCACGAGGACGUGUGACAUCAUGCAUCAUUGGACAUCAGCAUUGUGUCACACUCCAGAUUUUCGAGCUGAUAGGGACUGAAGAAGAGCUGCACUGCUCACACGCACAUUUGCACACAUACAUCUGUCUGUGUAGGACAAGACUUUGUGACAAAUAGUUUAAUGUUUUCAUCCACGAGUAAG